GGCGGCGGCGGCGGCGAUGGACGAGUCGUCGCUGCUGGACCUGCUGGAAUGCUCCGUGUGCCUGGAGCGGCUGGACACCACGGCCAAGGUGCUGCCGUGCCAGCACACCUUCUGCCGGCGCUGCCUGGAGAGCAUCGUCAGCUCUCGCCACGAGCUGCGCUGCCCCGAGUGCCGCAUCCUGGUGGGCUGCGGCGUGGACGAGCUGCCCGCCAACAUCCUCCUCGUCCGCCUCUUGGACGGCAUCCGACAGCGGCCCCGCGCCGCCGGGGGCGCCAGCGGCAGCCCCAGCGCCGCGGCUCCCGCGUACCCCCAGCCCGCCGCCGCCCCCAGCGCCGUCGCCGCCGCCGCUGCCUCGGCCGCUGCCAGCCUGCGAGAGCUGGCGGCCGCCAGCCGCAGCGCUCUGCUGGGAAAGAGUGUUUCUCAGCUUCCUUAUGGCAAAGCCCUCUACACAUAUGAAGGAAAAGAGCCUGGUGACCUCAAGUUUAACAAGGGGGACAUCAUCAUAUUGCGGCGGAAAGUGGACGAGAACUGGUACCACGGGGAGCUCAAUGGGAACCACGGCUUCUUCCCUGCCAGUUACAUCCAGUGUAUCAAGCCCCUCCCACAGGCUCCACCUCAGGGCAAAGCACUUUACGACUUUGAAAUAAAGGAUAAAGAUCAAGACAAGGAUUGCCUGACCUUCACCAAGGAUGAAAUUUUGACAGUCAUCAGGAGGGUAGAUGACAACUGGGCAGAAGGAAUGCUAGGUGACAAGAUUGGCAUUUUUCCUAUCCUCUAUGUUGAGCUGAAUGAAUCUGCCAAGCAGCUCAUUGAGAUGGACAAGACAUGCUUGGCCGCUGCCUCCGGCAGCGACAUGGCUCUGCCAGCAGAGACCGCAGCGGUGGCGGCAGCAGCGGCAGUGGGUCUGGCACCGUGCUCCACGCUGGCUGGUGCCGGAGCAGCUGGGGCAGCCCAGCGUCAGGUGGAGGGCAAGAAGAAUGCCAAGAAGCGCCACUCCUUCACCGCCCUCAGCAUGACACACAAGUCCUCCCAGGCUGCCAGCAACCGUCACUCCAUGGAGAUCAGCGCCCCUGUCCUCAUCAGCUCCAGUGACCCACGGGCAGCUGCCAGGAUUGGGGAACUGACUCACCUCUCUUCCAGUGCCCCAGCCCAGGAUUCCUCUUCAAUUGGAGCAACCACAGUGGCUGGUCCCAGGACAAGUGCAAUAAUUGGAGAUCAGGGAACACCACCGAAGGUUCAGCUCCCCCUCAAUAUCUACCUAGCCCUGUACGCCUACAAGCCUCAGAAGAAUGACGAGCUGGAGCUCCGCAAAGGUGAGAUGUACCGGGUCAUUGAGAAGUGCCAGGACGGCUGGUUCAAGGGAACAUCUCUGAGGAGUGGCAUGUCCGGCGUCUUUCCAGGAAACUAUGUCACGCCUGUUUCAAGGGUGCCAGUAGGAGCUGGGCAGCCCAGGAACUGUGGAGCCGGGGGAGUUCCAACAACAAAAGGAGCCCCAGGAGCCAUCCACCCCAUUGGGGCUGGUCAUACCAACACCACCACAGCUGUCAGACCAGUUGUUCCUAUCACAGCUCCUCAGACGCAUCCCCAGCUACAGGCGGCCUCUCCACAGCUGAAUAACUGCUUGAGGUAUUCAGCUCAGCAGCAAGCCAGCCAGACCCGCAACACCAUGCAGAUGGCUCACUCCCCGGUGCCAGCCCCGGAGCGGCCCACCGCCACAGUCUCACCCCUGCGGACACCCAGCUCUCCCUCCCGCCUGCCAGCAGCAGCCAUCCGGCCUCACCCCUCCGUCUCCCCACAGCACGGCCACCAGCCACCCACCCCGGGGGCCCGGCCCCUCAUCCCACUCACCUCCGCUGCUGCCGCCAUCACCCCACCCAAUGUCAGCGCAGCCCACCUCAAUGGUGAGGUGGGUGGUGGGCCCCUGGGUGGCCCUGUUAUCCCUGGCCCUGCCGGCAAGGCUGAGGAGAGGAAGAACGAGAAGAAGGAGAAGAAGAGUGGGCUGCUGAAACUUCUAGCAGGAGCAUCAACAAAAAAGAAGUCACGUUCUCCACCGUCUGUGUCCCCCACACAUGACCCCCAGGCAGCCAUCGAAGGAGUCCUGCAAGGGGCAGUGGGACCUGAGCUAUCGUCCCUCUCCAGCCAUGGCAGAGCUGGCUCAUGUCCUAUUGAGAGUGAAAUGCAGGGAGCCAUGGGGCUGGAGCCUCUGCACAGGAAAACAGGUUCCUUGGAUUUGAAUUUUUCCAUCCCUUCUCCUGCCAGGCAACCCCUCUCUUCCAUGGCAGCUAUUCGGCCAGAGCCCAAGCCUUUGCCUCGGGAAAGGUACCGUGUUGUGGUCCCGUACCCACCACAAAGUGAGGCUGAGAUUGAACUGAAGGAAGGUGACAUUGUGUUUGUGCACAAGAAACGGGAGGAUGGCUGGUACAAAGGGACGUUGCAGAGGAACGGCAGGACGGGCCUCUUUCCUGGGAGCUUUGUCGAGAGCUUCUGAGGACAGCUUGCCACUCCCUCAACUGAAGGAGCUUUCAGGGGAAACUGCAUAGCACAAGAAGAGACAGCAAAGAGAAACUGGACUGAUAACCACUGCCAUUUUUAUUUCCAAAGACUCCCCCCAGGCCCUUCAGAUUACAGCUCUGGAGAUACAGUACCCCGCUGUACUCCUGAGCCCCCGUGCAGUGCAUACAGUGGUAUGUUGAAGUAGUGCCUUCCACCUGGAAUCACAGACUGAAAGGACACCCAUCUGGACUGUACAUGACCUGAACUCUGGCUGUUAACCCUUUGUGUAAAUUAUAGAGAAGAUACCUUUAAAAAAAAAAAAAAGAAAAAAAGAUUAAGAGGAAAGUUGUUAUAUUGCUGUAACUUAUUUGUCAGAGCUGCAGUGUUCUUAUUACUGGCCUAUGCAAGAUGGACUUGAGUGUUCAAGGAGGUGUGCUAGGAAGCUCUUAAACUGGGAUAUCAUUUUUCCUGAGGGAAAAAGAGGGAGGAGAGGGUGGAGAAAACCCCAGAGAAAGAAUGAUGCAUCAUUGUGCAAGAAAGAAUGAGGAAUCCAAAAUGCUAACGUCAUGCUUUCUAUAUACCUCAAAGAUAUGCUGCGCAAGUUUGUCAGUGAGUGUGUUAGUGCUCAGAGUCCCAAACAUCUGGUGUCCUGGCAUUGCUGUCGGGGUGGUCCUGGAGAAAGUACAGCUCCACCAUUAAACUGUGGUUAUUUGAGCAGAAUCCCUUUUGCCUGUCUUCUGCCCUUUUAUGAUAUGCAGCAUGGAUUUUUGUCCUUUGGUAUCCCUUUCCAUUGCUUUUUUUGUAUGACGUACCUUUUUACUGUAAUAAGUGCUCUACUUUAUAUAUAUUCCUACUAGUUCAGACAUUUCCUCUUUUUCAUACAUCUGGUGCUAAU